UUGUGCCAAUCAAAACUGAGGAGGCAAUGUUGACAAGCUAAAAAGAGCCGUGGGCAACAGUGUAGGAUCUGCUAAUCGUCUUGUCAGUGCACGAGGGGAUAUUAGCUCUUCUGAUAGAUGAGAUUAUACUCAGGGGGGGGUUAGGAGCAAACAACCUGCUUUUCAUUGUAUGUUCAGGGCCACAGUUGACCACCACCGACAUGAGAGCUGUCCUGCACUGGCCGAUGCUGCUGCCUGUCUUAUUACUACUGGCACCUUACAGCGAAGCUCUGCAAUGUUAUACAUGUAUGGGCUCCAACAAUGAUGACUGCAACCGACAAGGCACCAAGUCCUGUCCCAGCCACUCUGACGCCUGUGCUGUGGUGGUGGGCCAUGACAGUGGGGUGAUGAAGUCAUGUUCAUACAAGUCCUUCUGCAGCCAAGCCAACAGUCAGGGAUACAGAUCACCAGGCGUCAGAGUUCACUGCUGCUACGGCGACAACUGCAAUGUGACCAGCCUCGCGUCGCGUGUGCCACAACUUAAUUAUCUGAUGCUUCUUCUUCCAUUGCUGUUCCAUUAUUUUUUUAAGUAGACCAAUGGCUCAACUUCAUCAUGCCAACAAUCUGUCUGAAGCACAAAUGCCAACUAGUACUUUAUUCAUUUAACACAGUAAUGCCAAAUAAUCCUGCCUAUUUUCAUGUUAUGUGUUGUCUUCUUACUAUCUGAUAUCAUGAAUAGAGGAGUUUCGCUAGUUGUAGGUGUGGCAGUAAAGCAUCAUGAUGGACUGAACUGUCUAAAAGUACUCAGCUAGAGGCAUCUGGUGUCAGUUUCCAUACCUUUGUUUGAUGCUGAGCACACAUAUUUUGCAACUACGGGAUAAAAGAUGUUGACUAUCCCUCUGACUUGAUUUUCAGGUUACUUUGCAUAGCAUAUUCUUACCUUCAUAUGAAUUCAUCCAAUUAGAUUAGCCUAGCCCGUGUUUCUGCAGAUGUGACUGUGGCUAAAUAUGGCGCUAAGAGUUCAAGCAGUUGGUGUGUUGUUACAUCAUUAGCCUUCAACCUGUCAAUCACACAUCAGACUGGCUGUGUGAGUGUGAGAGGAUGUGAUAAAAACAAGGUUCUCACAUGCUUAAAAUCCACAUAAGCCUUUUUACGUGAGUGUGACCAGGUGUGUUAAACUGAUGAGGUUAAUCCUCUGAGUUUGGAGUCACUUAAACACGAUCUGAGUGUGAGCACACAUAAGGAUGGCCCAUAAGAGGCUCAUGUAUACUGGAUAAGAAACUGUAUCGGCACAAUCCACUCUGUUCUGUAGUGCAAAACAAGUGUGAAUACAAUAGAUUCAAACUUUUAUUGGAUUGAUGUUUCAUAAUUACAUAAAAUGCAAAUGCUAGUAUUGUGGAACUCUGUUAGUUAUUACAUUUAUAAGGGAAAAAAAAAAAAAGUGAAAAUGUGGAGUAUUAUCUCCUAGUACAUCUAAUCCUUAGCUGCUCACCAAAUCUCCAAACUGUGCAUGGUGUUACUUGAUUUGUGGCUGUUUAAUAUGUAUGAAAAAAAUCUAAAUGUAAUAAAAGAAGCCAGGAAUUCAAUUCUCUGUCUACUGUAUAUACUAUAGUGUAAUGAUGUAAUAUAUUCUGCUCUCUGGGGGAAUGGAUGUACAGAACAAACCACUCUGACAUGUAUAUGCCAAUAUAAAUGCAACCAAUAAUAAAACAAAAUUUUAACUGUC